CUGAGAGAGAGAGAGAGAGAGAGGGAAGAGAUUUGUGUUGUUGUGAGUCUCAGGGUUCUACAGAGAACCUCAUCAUCAUGGGGAAGAAGAAAGAGGAUACAGAACAGCAGUCGUCUGAGUAUGGAGAGCCAACGCAGUAUGACCCAUCGUUUAAUGGACCCAUUCACAACAGGAGCUGCACUGAUAUCAUCUGCUGCGUCCUCUUCAUGCUCGUCCUGCUCGGAUACAUGGUGGUCGGAAUUCUGGCGUGGAUUUAUGGUGACCCUCGGUUCGUUCUCUACCCACGAAACUCCACCGGCACCUUCUGUGGUCUGCCACCCAAUCAGGAUAAGCCAAACGUAUUUUACUUUAACAUCCUCAAGUGUGCCACAUCUACAAACAUCAUGGCCGCCGCACUUCAAGGCCUCCAGUGUCCCACCACUCAGAUCUGCCUGAAGUCGUGUCCCUCAGGGUUCUGGUCUCUGGACCCUGCAGCCUACAUGGCGCCCACUUCGACCCUGAGUCAGUACUUUAAGCAGGAGCUGUGUGUGCCGUCCUUCAACCUCAGCAGUAACUCAAAAUAUAGUGCCACGGACAUCAUUAACAAGGAGCUGUGUGCCUUCUUCUACACGCCCACCUCUUCAGUGUUGGGAAGGUGUUUACCCUCUCUAGGCCCAGCGUAUGAUUUCAUCCCUCCCAGCUUCUCUAUUUAUGGCAUGAAUGGCAAUCAAACUGUGAACGCGAUCAAGAAUGCUACGGGUGACGUUGUCGGUGGGUUUAACGCUCGAGACGUGGGGAUGCGGAUCUUCGCAGACUUCGCUUCGACUUGGCAGUGGAUCGUCCUAGGUCUGGUGAUAGCGAUGGUGGUCAGUUUGCUGUUCCUGAUUCUCUUGCGCUUCUUGGCGGCCAUCUUGGUGUGGAUCCUCAUCAUUGGAGUUCUGGCAGUGGGAGCGUUCGGUAUCUGGUACUGCUAUAAUGAGUAUGCGUUGCUGGCAAACUCCACUCUGACCUACAACAACGUGGGCUUCACCACCAACGUCAACGUGUACCUGCAGAUCCGUGACACCUGGCUGGCCUUCUUGAUCAUUCUCUGCGUGGUCGAGGCGAUUCUCCUGUUACUGCUGAUUUUUCUCCGAACUCGAAUUCUUAUCGCCAUCGCAGUUAUUCAGGAGUCCAGCAGGGCGGUGGGCUACAUGAUGUCGACGCUGGUGUUCCCGAUAGUCACCUUUGUGAUGCUGCUUGUGUGUGUGUCCUACUGGGGCAUCACUGCUCUUUAUCUGGCCACAUCUGGAGGUCCAGUGUACAAAGUUGUAGCUUUCAACUCUUCAGAGAACGGCUGCAGCUCCAUCUCCGGCAACGAUACCUGUGACCCCGUGACGUUUAACUCCUCGGCGUACGGGAACUGUUCUUCAGCGCGCUGCGUGUUCAUAAAGUACAACACGGACGGUCUGUUCCAGAGGAACCUCUUCAACCUGCAGGUGUACAAUGUGGUGGGCUUCCUGUGGUGCGUGAACUUCGUCAUCGCUCUGGGGCAGUGCACGCUGGCCGGCGCCUUCGCCUCCUACUACUGGGCCUUCGACAAACCCUCGGAUAUCCCAGCAUGCCCUCUGAUCUCGUCCUUCAUGAGGGCGCUACGGUAUCACGUCGGCUCUCUGGCGUUCGGAGCUCUGAUUCUCACCAUCGUGCAAAUAGUGCGCAUCAUUCUGGAGUACAUAGACCACAAGUGUAAAGAGGCUCAGAACCCCUGUGCUCGGUUUCUGAUUUGUUGUCUAAAAUGCUGCUUCUACUGCCUGGAAAAAUUCAUCAAGUUCAUCAACAGAAACGCUUACAUCAUGAUCGCUAUUUACGGUAAAAACUUCUGUGUCUCAGCCAAAAACGCCUUCUCUCUGCUCAUGAGGAACAUCAUCAGGGUGGUGGUGCUGGAUAAAGUGACCGACCUGCUGCUGUUCUUCGGCAAACUGCUGGUAGUGGGAGGAGUGGGUGUGCUGGCGUUUUUCUUCUUCAGCGGGAGGAUCGUGGUUCCCAACUCGGCCUUCACAGCUUCAUCACUUAACUACUACUGGAUGCCCAUCAUCGCGGUAGUGUUUGGUGCGUAUCUCAUUGCCAGCGCGUUCUUCAGCGUCUACAGCAUGUGUGUGGAUACACUGUUCCUCUGCUUCUUGGAGGACCUGGAGAGAAACGACGGCAGCGCUGAGAAACCCUACUUUAUGUCAAAGAACCUAAUGAAGAUCCUGAACAAGAAAAACAAACAACCCAAAAAAUGAACCUUCCUGUACUGCUCCACUAACUUCCUGUCACAUGAUCAAUCAUCUCUUCUACCUGCUUCCACACACUGCACUUUAGCCAGGUAUUGUUUUUAGCAUUCUUUAGCUUUUAGCACUUAUUAGAGGUCGAGUUCUGGACCGAAUGUGACGCGUACUAAAGACUAAUCUCAGACUCCAGCAGAUAACUAUCUUGAACCUUCUCUUUUCACGGCAUUGUAUUAGCAUGCGUUUACGUUUAAUGUUAACAAGUUUUAAACUUUAGUCCAAUCAACCUGAAGCUUCAGAGACUAAUCCUGGUCUCAUCACUGGUGUCUAAACAUCAGAGAGAAUCAGUUUAAAUUCCUCAGUAAGACUUCUGUAGAGCAUGUUUAGGCUUUUGGUUUAUUAGUUUGAGUUCAGCUGUAUGAAUUAUUUUACGCACAUUUGAUUAGCAUGUUUUUUUUUUCUCUUAUAGUUUUAGCGUUAGCAAAUUAGUUUAAUCAAUUAUUCCGUUUUUUUUUAAACCCUAAGACUUAACACACUUUAGAAGAAAGCAGCUAUGUUUAUCUCAGAACGCUAGCAUUUGUUAGCCGAGUCUUAUAGAUUAGAGACGUCCCGUAUUUUAUAGCGUUGCGUCUCAGGGCACAAACAUGACGCUCCUGUAAACCUUAACACCCGACAAAGACUAAUCCCGGACUUGUAAUAAGGUGUGUUUAGCCUCUUACUUCUUUUUGAACUUGACCAUAAGACAGUCAUUAACACGAUUCUGACAGAUGACACACUCCUGACGUAACACACACACACACUUUUACCUAAAUGCCGACCCGAGCCUUCUUUCCUACAGCAUAUAAUCAACAUGUUUGUCUUAAAAUGCAAAUGCUAGCGCUAAUCAGCGUUUGAAGUUUAGCUAUAUAUGGUUUAAGAGCCACUCACUUUUCAAAAACUAACCCCUGACUGUCUGUAAGUAACUGUACAGUUUAGUUAACAACACUCCACCUGAGGACAACCUCAGAUUCAACACUCCAGCAAAGACUAAUCCCGGACUUAACACUCCAACAAAUACUGACACUCCAGGCUUAACAGUCUUAAAGACUAAUCUUGGACUUAACACCCCUGCAAAGAAAAAAACUCUACUAAACGUCUACUAAAAACUCAAAUAUGAAUCCUGGAUUCAACACUCCCAAAAAGCCUAAUCUUAGACUCAGGACUAAUCCCAUACUUAGCACUUCAACAAUCACGCAAAAACUAAUCUUAGACUUAACCCUCCCGCAACAACUAAUACCAGAUAAAGAACGUUAAAAAAGACUAAUCUCAGACUCAACACUCAUCAAAGUAUAAUACAAGACGCCACACAAAGACUAAUCCGAGACUUAACCCUCCUGCAAAGACUAAUCUUGGCUUCAAAACCCCUGCAAAGUCUGAUCUCAGAACUAAAGGACUAAUCCCGGAUUUAAGACUUAUGCUAAAAAUAAUAUCAAACUCAACACUCCACCAAAGACUAAUCUCAGACUCAACACUCUGCCAAAGACUUAAUGCAGCUGUCCUGUUGUCCCGUUAUUUUAAUCCCUUGGCGAUGAGACCGUGUGUGUGUGUGUGUGUGUGUGUGACAGGUUUCUCGUUAAUAAGAGAAGGAUUUAUAUUUUACAUGGUGUGUGUGUGUUAAUAUGUGCGUGAUUUAGCCAAGAGCAGCCAAGAUUCAUUUUUUAAAUGACAUUUCUUUUUAAGAUUUUAUUAUUCUUUAUUAUUUUUUAUCAGGUUUAUAAUUUAUAAAGUCCUAACACUGGUGAUUUUAUCGUCUUUAUCUUUUUUUGUGUCCGAAGAAGAGAUUUAUUUUCAAUAAGUAAAGAUGUCUGUUUAAUGUGUGUGAAGGUGAACACGAGACUGUAAAACUGUACAAUAUAUUUCUGUAAUAAUUCUAUAUGAGAGACUGUACAGUCCAGUUGAUCAAGCAGAGUUUAUUUAUACAACAGUGAAAUUAAAAAGUGUUGAAUAUAAA